AUGGAUAUGACCAAAGAAGAUCAAAAGGUUACUGAAAUCUCGACCUCAACAGAGACCGAUUCGAAGAAGAGAAAGCUAGAAGAUGAAACACCGAACCCAAAUAAGAAACAAUCAACAACAGAACCUGAACAAAUAGAUGACGAAGAAGACGAAGAAGAAAUACGGAACGUUCCAAAUGAGCUUGUGAUCUCAUUAGAAGACAUUUCGCUUAAAGAUAUACCCUCAAUUUCAAUGAAGGCGAACAAAUACAUCAAGACCAUAUUAUAUCACUGGGAUUCAACAUCAAAAGGUAAUAAAGAAUCUUCAGAUCUAUUACUUGACACAAAGAGGUCAUUAUUUCCAAUGCUUGUUCAAUUACGCAAACAUAAUUUGGAGGAAUCACAAUUAACUUCAUUGUUGACUAUUUUGUAUCAUCUACAAAGAUCACAGCACAAUAAGGCAUUAGAAUCUUAUAUGAAAUUAAGUAUAGGGAACGUUGCUUGGCCUAUUGGUGUUGUAUCAGUUUCUAUCCAUGCUAGAAGUCGAGAUUCGAAAUUAUUUGGUGGUAAGGCAAAUAUCAUGAUUGAUGAGAAAACUAGAAGAUGGAUCACUGCUAUGAAAAGGUUGAUAACUUACAGCGAAAAAAAUUUACAAUGA